UCAUUUUGUAAUUUGUGUGACUUUUGGUCACUGGAUUUAUAGUCAGUCAUACUGCAAUUCAAAUUUUAACAAUUUGCAUUUGAAGUUAUUAGGUUUUUCCCUACACCUGUAUUAAAGCAUUUAAUAGGAUAACUCGUGACUAUUUUUGUGAUAAAAUUAAGAAACUUCAUUUAUUAAAAAACGAUUUAGGUCAGAAUUAAUACAAUGAAUCUAAGUACUGCGACUCGCGCCCAAGACCAAGCAGAUCACAACAUGAUUAAAAAUAAGGCAGUAGGACUAUCUACAUCAAGAGCCUUGACUCUAGUUGCUAUCAUAUUUGUGAUGUCGUUAACAGCUUUGGGACUAUUAUAUUCACAAUUCCCUGAAUUAGAAGUAGAAGAAAAGCAACAUAUAAAGCUACCAAUGGACCUCGAAGAUGCCAAACAAUUAGGUCUCGUUUUAGAUCGAUAUAAGGAAAAGUACUUUUACGAAGUAUUACUAGGUGUGUUCAUGGUGUACAUAUUUUUACAAACUUUUGCAAUACCCGGGUCAAUAUUCCUGAGUAUUCUGUCUGGAUUUCUGUUUCCCUUUUAUCUUGCACUUGUGCUCGUCUGCUGUUGUUCAGCUAUAGGUGCAAGUUUGUGUUUCUUCUUAUCAAAUCUAUUAGGAAAAAGAUUAGUUAGGAAAUUCUUCCCAGAAAGGGCAGAACAAUGGUCAAAGGCUGUGACGAAACACAAAAAUAACUUGCUUAAUUACAUUAUAUUUUUAAGAGUGACACCAUUCUUACCAAAUUGGUUCAUCAAUAUGUCUGCUCCAGUUAUUGGGGUUCCCCUUGUGCCAUUUGCUUUAGGGACAUUUAUUGGAGUGGCGCCACCAUCAUUUGUGGCUAUCCAAGCUGGUCAGACCCUUCACACUCUGACAUCUACUAGUGACGCCUGGUCCUGGACUUCGGUCACUAUUCUGAGCAUAUUCGCCCUCAUUUCACUAGUUCCUGUUUUACUUAAACAAAAACUAAAAGAAAAGUUUGAAUAAGCUUUUAAUAUUUUUAGUUAAUUUAUUUUAGACCAAUUAUAAUACAUGUUUUAUAUGUUCCUCAGAGUUGUUUGUAUUUUAACAGUACGAUCCAACAUGGGCUAUAAAUGUUUCAUUGCUCGAUGACUGUUGAACCACAGGUCGCCAGUACCACCAAUUAUACCAUACUGAAAAUAUUUACCAUGUAAAUAAAUAUAAAAAUUCAUUAGUAUGAAAA